AUGGCGUGGCUAAUCAUAUUAUCCACUGCCAGCGUCUUGCUGUGCACCUGUUUCGCAUACGCGGUUCAUGCAGUCUUCAACCAUCGUCGCAAGAUCAAUGAGCUUCGAAUACAGGGGGUGCCCAUGCCCAAAGGGUGGAAUUGGAUCACAGGCCACCUCCUCGUGCUGCAGAAGUACCUAGAUGGAGUCCCUCCGGACGCAGCCGUCGCUUUCGCGGUGCGAGACCUUUGUUGGGAGUUCGCCGACACUGAGCUCUUUCUCAUUGACUUCUGGCCAAUGUACCCUCCUCUGUUCACAACCUUUGGCCCUGAAGCCAUCAGUCAGGUUUGCAACAAGUACAACCUGCCCAAGCCUCUUGUCGCCGCGACAUCUAUGCGACCCGUAGCUGGUGGCCCGGACAUGGUCUCCAUGAAUGGAGAUGAGUGGAAGUACUGGAGGUCACUGUUCAACCCCGGCUUCAGCACUGGGGCCGUGUUGAACCAUGUUCCUCAUAUUGUCGACUCGGUUCUGGUAUUUCGUGAAAAGUUGAUUCAGAUGGCUGGAAAAGGGAUGUUCUCUUUGGACGAGUUGACCACAAAACUCACCCAGGAGGUGAUUCUGAAAGUUACAUUGGAUGACGAUUCGCAUCACCAAGAGUCGCCUAAUGUUCUUGCAACCGCACUUGGCCACAUCCUAGACUGGCACUCUUUUUGGGACCCUCGCAAACUAAUGCAUCCACUCCGUCCCCUGGUUCAAUGGUAUCAUGGACGUAUCAUGGACAACUAUAUCCGCCAGAUGCUGGAGAAGCGAUUCCAGGAUAUCAAAGCGGCACGUGCAGUCGGUGCGAACGGGAAAGGAGAGAAGCCCAAUUCUAUCAAAUCUGUCACCACUCUCGCACUCGAAGCUUACUUGGCUGAGAACCCAGAGGUAGAUACUAUCCACAAAGAGAAACUGGACGAGAGGUUUGCACACUACGCGGGAAGCCAAAUUCGACUUUUUCUUUUUGCAGGCACUGAUACGACAGCCUCGAUGAUGGUCUACGCCUACCACAUGCUUUCCAAGCAUCCCGAAUGGCUUAAGAAACUGAGGAAUGAGCACGAUGAGAUUUUGGGGAACGAACCCAACGAUGCAGCCAGAGUUCUGAAGGAGAACCCCAGCCUACUGAACAACUGCAAGCUCACGGUGGCAUUUAUAAAGGAGACGCUCCGCAAAUAUGCACCUGCUGGGACGGUGCGCUCCGGAAGUCCGGGAGUCACCAUCACCGACCUCCAAGGCAACGAGCAACCCAUGGAUUACGUCGGCGCGAAUAUACUUCACCAGGCGCUACACGUAAACCCGCGGGUAUGGCCAAGGCCCAAUGACUUUCUGCCGGAGAGAUUUCUCGUUGGCCCUGAACACGAGCUGCACCCGGAUCCGGCUGCCUUCCGACCUUUCGAACAAGGUCCUCGAAACUGCAUCGGGCAGACUUUGGUGUGGAACGAGCUUCGCGUGGCUGUCAUCCUUACCUGCAGGGAUCUCGAGAUACGCGAUGCCUACGAUGAUUUCGAUGCCGAGAGGGAGAGCGAGCUGGGCCUCGUUGAGAAGAUGAGGAGGACGCUCUUCGGGCAGCCCGUCAAAACUGUACACGGGGAACGGGCAUAUCAGACGGACUCAGGGGGGCUGCAUCCCGCGAACGGGUAUCCAUGA